AUGGGGGAUGAAAACCAAACCGGGACGAUCUACUUCCACUUCCACCCCUUCUCAAUGGUACCCGGCGUGCAGAUGCUGAUUUUCGUGGCCUUCCUGCUCAUGUACCUCGUCAGCAUCUUGGGAAACGUGACUGUUGGUCUGCUGAUCUGGGCCAAUCCCUCUCUCCACUCUCCCAUGUACUUCUUCCUUGCCAACCUGGCAGCGCUGGAGAUCUGCUAUUCCUCCACCAUCGCUCCCUUGACCCUGGCCAACGUCCUGUCCGUGGGGAACGGCUUCAUUUCCCUCGUGGGCUGCGGCACGCAGAUGUUCUUCUUCAUCUUUCUGGGUAGCACCGACUGCAUCGUCCUGGCCGUCAUGGCAUACGACCGGUUUGUUGCCAUCUGCCAACCGCUGCUUUACCCCCUCAUCAUGAGGCGGCAGCUUUGUGUCCGACUGGCGGUGGGAUCCUUGGCGUUGGGACUCACGAUGGCCGUGCCUUUAACGGUGCUGAUCUUCCGCCUCCCCUUCCGCCGCAACGGUGAGAUCGGUCUCUUCUACUGCGACGUCCUCCCCGUCAUCCGGCUGGCAAGUGCGGACACUCGACUUCACGAAGCUGUCGUGCUCGCGUUCAGUGUGGUCGCCUUGACCAUUCCCUUCCUGUUCAUCGCCACCUCCUACGUCUUCAUCGUGGCCACCGUCUUGAGGAUCCGCUCGGCAGAGGGGAGGAGCAAGGCGUUCUCCACUUGCUCUUCUCACCUCACGGUCGUCGUCCUCCAGUAUGGCUGUACCAGCCUCAUCUACCUCUGUCCCAGCUCCAGCUACUCACCGGAGAGAGGCCGGGUGCUCUCCGUGAUUUACACCUUCAUUACACCAGUGCUGAACCCAGUCAUCUAUGGCCUGAGGAAUCAGGAGUUCAAGAAUGCCCUGAAGAGAGCCCUGAGGAAGGACAAGGGGGAAUGGAGCAUGUUGCAGUUUCAGAGUAAUCAAGGCUUCCCGGAAGACUGUGCCAUCAUCGACAUCGUCACCACCUCCAUCGCAGCACAAAAUUGA